UGGGCCUUCCCCCAGGAAGAGCCCCACAGCCAGCUCCUUCCUGUCCCCCUGGUGGCCCCUUGCUCCUUCCUUCUGGAUGGGGGCCUAGAGGGCCCAGGAGCGUAUAAAGGCGAUGUGAAGGGUGCCCGACACAGCCAGACACCCAGUCACAGGCGAGAGCCCUGGGAUGUGCCAGCCACAGGCCAUGCUGCUGCUGCUCACGCUUGCCCUCCUGGGGGGCCCCACCUGGGCAGGGAAGAUGUACGGCCCUGGAGGAGGCAAGUAUUUCACCACCACUGAAGCCUACGACCAUGAAAUCACAGGGCUGCGGGUGUCUGUGGGUCUUCUCCUGGUGAAAAGUGUCCAGGUGAAACUUGGAGACACCUGGGACGUGAAACAGGGCGCCUCAGGUGGGAAUACCCAGGAAGUCACCCUGCAGCCAGGCGAAUACAUCACAAAAGUCUUUGUUGCCUUCCAAGCUUUCCUCCGGGGUAUGGUCGUGUACACCAGCAAGGACCGCACUUUCUAUUUUGGGAAGCUCGAUGGUCAGAUCUUCUCUGCCUACCCCAGCCAAGAGGGGCAGGUGCUGGUGGGCAUCUAUGGCCAAUAUGGACUCCUCGGCAUCAAGAGCAUUGGCUUUGAAUGGAAUUACCCACUAGAGGAGCCGACCACUGAACCGCCAGUUAGUUUCACAUGACCAUCAAAGGCAUCCUCGGGUCUCUAGGGUGGGGUACGGGGCCAUCCGAGCUGAGGCCAUCUGGGUGGUGGUGGCUGAUGGUACUGGAGUAACGGAGUCGGGACGCUGAAUCUGAAUCCACCAAUAAAUAAAGUUUCUGCAGAAUCAGUGCA